AGAGUGCCACGCAUCAGAUAACUUCUUAGUCACACAGCUUGGUGACAGACUGAACUGAAAGCUUAUUUAAAAGGAUCUAAUGGUCUGAGAACAGUAAAUUUGAUAAUAGAAGUGUGGAAUGUGCUGUUUUAUCAACUCCUCCUUCUGAUUUGAAUAGGAAGAAUAAACACUGUAGCCUUAUACCAGCUUCCUAGCUGUACUCUGGCCAGGCCCAUAUAAACGCCCAGUCUUCAGUGUCACUCCAGAGUCAAGAGCAAUAGAAGAUGACAAGCCAGUGGCAACUCUUCUGUGUUCUCCUCUCCUCAGCUCUCCUAAUCAUGUCGUCAGCACCUGCAGCAGCUCUAGAAGAUGCUGAUCCCAACAGCCCAGAAGUCCAAGACUCUGCUGCCUUUGCCCUGGAAUCAUUUAAUUACUUCAACAAGGACCCCUACCUCUACAAAAUAACCACUUUCGAGUCCGUGAAACAGAUGGCUGUGGGUGGAAUGCGGUAUGAGAUGGAUGUCCUGGUGAAGAGAUCACAGUGUAAAAAAGGGGAGGAAACAGGCAUGGACUCAUGCGAAUUCUUCACCUCACCUGAAGAUGCUAAGGUGUUCAGGUGUCAUUUUGUGGUCUUGAAUGUCCCCUGGAAGAAUCAGAAGGUGCUGAUUAAGAGUGAAUGCACCCCUGUGCAGAAGUGAAUCUCAAGAGUUCUCUAAUUGCAAUUAUCUGCACAAAUCUGGAUUAAUCUCCACUUAAUUCCAAUUAAUUCUGGAUUAAUCUCCACUUAAUUCCAAUCAGUACUAAAUACAGUACUGCAUGCUCUCCAAACUGGGAUUCACAGGCAGCCAGAAGCUGAUGUUUGGAAGAAGGCUUUACCUGCUUUGAGUCUUAACAUUUUAAUGAAUUGGUGAAUGACAUUGGUGCCAUUGAUAUUGGGUUUACUAAUUCUGGUGUUUAACUGUAUGAUAGAACAGUGCAGAGUGUAAUCAUUCAUAGCUGUUGUCAUUUUCUCAACUCUUCAUUCUGUAAUCAAAUGAAACCUAAGUAAAAAAAAAUAAAGAAAAGUAAUUCCUGUAAAACAAAAAAAACAACAACAACAAAUACUUUACUGUAUGUUUGUGGUGACAGGAGGCUCAGCAGAGACAAGAUAAACACAGAGCCAGGUAUAAAACAGGGCUUCAGGACCAGUGGUUCACAAAAGGACAUUAAAUGGACUGAGUGCUCUUCUUUUUUACUUUAAGGUUUCUCACCUAGCAUAGGAUUUCACUUGGCACACCCUAGUUCAUGUUUGACAGUGAUCAGGACGUAUCCUGUUCCUUGUCUAUAUUUCAGAUUGCUUUAUGGGCAGUGUAUGCAGUUCUAUUUCUCCAUUCCCACAGGAGUCAGUGGUUUUGAUCUUUGUUCACCCAUGUGUAUCUCGAUUGACAAAGAGCAACAUUGCUCCAUCUCCAGCCAUGGUAUAGCUUUAAUAAGAUGACUAGUGAUAGUCCGUAUGUUUUCAAAUUUCUAACAUAAAGUUCAGUUUUUUGUUCAUCGAUAUGUUUGAUGAAUUCCGAUACUUCUGAUGAGAGGACAGUAGCAGGACAGUACCUGUGAGUCGAUCACAGGACACACACACACCCUGGACAAGAAACCAGUCCAUCACAGGGCUUGGAGCAGAACUGCAUCCUGGGCAGGAUGUUGUUUGUCUAUAUUUGUAUAAAAUAAAAAAGAAUCAGUCAUACUUUCUGGAGGCUCAAGCUAAAUAGGAGAUGCACGAAAACGAUAACACACACUCAAGCCAAUGUUUAUUUCAAGUAUAGGAAGGAAACAUGCCUGUAUAUUGUAUAUGAGCUCAAAGUUUCUUGUUGGUCCUAGACACAAACCACUAGAUGGCUCCAUUUGGCUAAAAUAUAACCAUAAUGAUGAAACUACAUGAGGAAAAGACAUAAAGCACUUAGAAUCUUGUGGAUAUUUGCCUGGUGUGUGCAUAUUACCUAAACAUAUCAUAAAACAUCACAGUUGAAGAGUGGACAUCAGGGUGUUAUCAGUCAUGUCUAGCUGCCUGGGUGAGAAUGCAGCUCUAAAUGAAAUGAAACCCAGCACAGCCUGUGAUGCUGUGUGGAGUUCUGUAGCACAAAAACAUGCCCCAUAUUCCACAAAUACUUACUGUAUGAAAUGCCACUACAUUUCAGGUUAAAGAAAGUUAAGGGAUUUAGCAGAAUUAAUGUCUAAAUAAACAAUAAAGGACAAUUGUACUGUCCCUCUC